UGGUGUAGGUGUUUAAAUGUAACUAAACCCUCAACCAACUUUUUUAGUUAAUGAUCUAUAAGAAUCUCAAAUCGAAAGUGUUUCAAAGACUUCCGGAUUCUGUUCCUGCUGUACACGACCGUCUGAACAACUGCAGGUCAUGAUGAGUAUCUGAUAGUUUUCACAAGCCAGUCUGUACAGCUGCAGUAUGUCAGAGGAGCGAGGAAAGGACCCUCCGUCUGAGAUGAGUCUCUUGGAGAAACAGAGUGUAAGAUUAGGCUCACAUGUGCCCAGCUCUGUGUCUAUGAAGAGUGACCAUUCAAAGGGAGGUGAGCAACCGGACUUAAGUGAGAACAAAUCAUCAUCUACCAAAAGUGUAAGAUUAGUCUCACAUGUGCCCAGCUCUGUGUCUGUGAAGAGUGACCAUUCAAAGGGAGGUGAGCAACCAGACUUAAGUGAGAACAAAUCAUCAUCUCCCAAAAGUGUAAGAUCAGGCUCAAAUGUGUUCAGCUCUGUGUCUGUGAAGAGUGACCAUUCAAAGGGAGGUGAGCAACCGGACUUAAGUGAGAAAAAAACAUCAUCUCCCAAAAGACUUCAGGAUGAGACAUUAGAUUCAGAUGUCCAGACUCAAAGGAACAAGAAUUUGUUUGAGAAAGAUAAUCUCCUAUGGAUCUUUGAGGAUCUUGAAUGCAAAAUAAUCACAUUUCUGAAGAAUGAACUGGAAAAGUUUAAGAAAAUAUUACAAAAGGAAGACAUACAAAACUUUGUGAAGGAUUUUAAUGAGAACAGAUGCAAUAUCAAAGAAGCAGCUCUUGAUCUCACACUCUACUUCCUGAGAGUGAUGAAGCAAUAUGAAGCUGCUAAUACUCUAGAAGAUGAGUUGAUCUUUGUUCAUCAGCUAAAAUGCAGCCUAAAGAAAAAGUAUCAGUGUGUUUUUGAAGGAAUUGCAAAGCAAGGUGACUCAACACUUCUGAAUAACAUCUACACAGAUCUCUAUAUCACUCAGGGUUGUAGUGAACAGAUCAAUACUGAACACGAAGUAAGACAGAUUGAAGUUACUUCCAGACAUUCUGAAUCACAAGAGAUACCAGUUGAGUGCACAAACAUGUUUAAAGCACCUGAACAAGACAAGGAGAUCAGAACUGUACUGACAAAAGGAGUGGCAGGCAUCGGGAAAUCAGUCUCUGUGCAAAAGUUUGUUUUAGAUUGGGCUGAAGAAAAAGAAAAUCAGGAUAUCAGCUUCAUAUUUCCUCUUCCUUUCCGGGAGAUGAACUUAAAGGAAAAAGAAAAACAAAGUUUGUUGGACCUUAUAACUCAGUUUUUUCCAGAGACAAAAGGACUGAACAUUGCAAGAAGGAACCAAAAAGUCCUGUUCAUUCUUGAUGGAUUGGAUGAAUGUCGUCUUCCUCUGAAGUUUGAUGUUAAUGAGAAGUGGUCUGAUGAAUCAUCACCAGCAUCUCUGGAUGUUCUCUUAACAAACCUCAUCAAGGGAAAUCUGCUUCCUUCUGCUCUCAUCUGGAUCACCACCAGACCAGCAGCUGCCAGUAAGAUUCCUCCUGACUGUAUAGAUCGGCUGACAGAGGUACGAGGAUUCAAUGAUGUACAGAAGGAGGAGUAUUUCAAAAAACGAUUUGAAGAUCAGAAUCAGGCCAAAGAAAUCAUUGAUCAUGUAAAAAAAUCAAAGAGUCUCUUUAUCAUGUGUCACAUCCCAGUCGUCUGCUGGAUUUCAGCCACUGUUCUCCAAAACAUUUUAGAGGAAAAAAGAAAUAAUGAUCUAGAAAACAAUCAGGCUGAUGACGCCUCCAAAACACUUCAGGAAUCGAAUACUGAAGACACUCCUAAGACUCUGACACAAAUGUACACACACUUUCUCCGCUUUCAGAUCCUGCAGAGCAGACAAAAGUAUGAUGGAGAAUAUACACUAGAUGUUUCAUGGGAUAAAGAUGCCAUCCUUUCACUGGGAAAACUGGCAUUUCAUCAGCUGGAAAGAAACAACCUGAUAUUCUAUGACACUGACCUGGAAGCCUGUGGUAUUGACAUCUAUAAGGCAUCAGUGUAUUCAGGCAUGUGUACCCAGAUAUUUAAGGAGGAAACUGGGAUCAUUCUUGGUACCAUGUACUGUUUUGUCCACUUGAGCAUUCAAGAGUUUAUUGCAGCCCUUUAUGCACAUAUGUUUCUAGACAUCAACAUGAAAAGUGUGUUUGUUCAUGACCCAACUAUGACUGAUUUUCUCAAGACUGCCAUGGACAAUGCACUUAAGAGUACCAAUGGACAUCUGGACCCUUUCAUUCACUUUCUUUUUGUUCUGUUACUCCAGCCCAAAUCCAAAAAAAAUAUGACUGAUUUGCUCAAAACUGCAGUGGAUAAGGCACUUGAGAGUGACAAUGGACACCUGGACCUUUUCCUUCGCUUCCUUCUUGGUUUGUCACUCCACUCCAAUCGGCGACUCUUACGAGGUCUGUUGACACAGCAAGAUGGCAAUGACCAGAGCAAAAAGGAAAUAGUUCAGUACAUCAAGCAGAAAUUAGAAGCUAAUCUGUCUCCAGAGAGAUCAAUUAAUCUGUUCUACUGUCUGAAUGAACUGAAUGAUCAAACUCUGGUGAAAGAGAUUCAGACUCACCUUAGCAAAGGAAGUCUCUCAUCUUCUGACCUUUCUCCAGCCCAGUGGUCUGCUUUGACCUUUGUGUUGUUGACAUCAGAGAAGGAGCUGGAGGAGUUUGAGCUUCAGAAAUUCAAGAAAUCAGAUGAGUGUCUUGUUAGAUUAUUAUCAGUCAUCAAAACCUCCAAAAGAGCUCUCCUGAAUAAUUGUGACUUAACAGACAGAAGCUGUUCAGCUCUCGCUACAGUUCUUGGAUCAGAUACCAAUCUGAAAGAGCUGAACCUGAACAAUAAUAAUCUGCAGGACUCAGGAGUGAAGCUGCUCUGCACUGGACUAGAGAAUAUAAAGUGUGAAUUGGAGAUACUGAGACUUUCAGACUGCAGUAUCACUGAAGAAGGUUAUAAAGCUCUGGCUUCAGCUCUGAGAUCAAACCCUUCACACCUCAUAGAGCUGGAUCUCAUAGGAAAUGAUCCUGGACAAUCAGGAGUGAAGGAGCUCAACGAUUUACUACAGGCUCCAAACUGUCAACUAAAGACACUGAGGUUUUUGGGUCCUGUUGCAGAUGAAGUCUGUCAGUAUGUGACAGGAAUUGUGGGUAAAAACCUGUUACUCCUGAGAGAGUUGAAUCUGAGUGAAUGUGAACUAGGAGACACACGGGUGAAUCAGAUCGCUGCUCUACUGCAGGAUAAACACUGUCAACUCGACAAACUGAAUCUGUGUAAGUGUGGUCUAACAGAGGAAAGCUGUUCAGCUCUUGCUACAAUCCUGAGAUCAAACUCCAGUCUGAAGGAGCUUGACAUGAGCAACAAUUAUCUGCAGAAUUCAGGAGUGAAGAAACUCCAGAACGGAUUGGAAAAUACAAACUGCACACUCGAGAAACUCAGACUUUCAGAUUGCAGUAUUACUGAAGAAGGUUAUAAAGCUCUGGCUUCAGCUCUGAGAUCAAACCCUUCACACCUGAUAGAGCUGGAUCUCAGAGGAAAUGAUCCUGGACAAUCAGGAGUGAAGGAGCUCAGUGAUUUACUACAGGAUCCAAACUGUAAACUAAUGACACUGAGUUUUUUGAGUCCUGCUGCAGAAGAAGCAUGUCAGUAUGUGACUGGAAUUGUGGGUAAAAACCCGUUACUCCUGAGAGAGCUGAAUCUGAGUGAACAUGAACUAGGAAACACACGAGUGAAUCAGAUCGCUGCUCUACUGAAGGAUAAACACUGUAAACUCAACACACUGAUUUUGAAUAACAGCCGUGUCACUCCAGAAGAUUGUCGUGUUCUGACUAAAGCUUUAAACUCAAAUCCUUCAAACCUGAUAGAGCUGGAUCUGAGUGGAAAUAAACUAGGAGACUCAGGAAAUGAGAAAAUCUGUCAUCUGUUGGAAAACACAGAGUGCAAACUGGAAAAACUGAAACUUUCAGACUGCAGUAUCACUGAAGAAGGUUAUAAAGCUCUGGCUUCAGCUCUGAGAUCAAACCCUUCACACCUGAUAGAGCUGGAUCUCACAGGAAAUUAUCCUGGACAAUCAGGAGUGAAGGAGCUCAAUGAUUUACUACAGGAUGAAUGCUGUAAAUCGAAGUCCAUCAGGUUUUUGAAAAGUCCUGCUGCACAGGAAGCGUGUGACUAUCUCACUAAAGUUCUGGGUACAAGUCCAUUAUUACUGACAGAACUGGAUCUGAGUGAAGAUAAAUUAGGAGACCUGGAUGGAAAGAAGCUCUCUGCUUUUUGAUGGACUCUCAUAACAAAGUGGAGAAAAUGAAGCUGAAUAAUUGUGAGCUGACAGAUAAAAGCUGUUCAGUUCUAGCUACUGUUCUCUCCUCCAAAACCACCCUGAAAGAGAUGAAUCUGAACAACAGUCGUCUGCUGGACUCAGGAGUCAAAGAGAUCUGUGAGGGACUGAAGAAUCCAGUGUGUGAACUGAAGAU